ACGUUUUUGAUAAUUUAAUUAAUUCGCGUAUAAAUUACAAACAAUUCGCAAAAAAAAAUAGAAAAAAAUAAGUAAAAAACUACAAUAAAUCCACCAUUUAAAAGAACAGUUAUACAUUUCAAAUAGACUUAGUAUUGAGUGUUUUUGUAACGGAAAAUUAAUUCCAAAUUAAUUUUCGAAGUAACAACAAACUCUCUUCAGCACUAAUUGUCUACGGUAUUCGUUGUAAUUUUAUGAUUGUUUAAAUCAUGAGCCCUAAACUGCACGAAUUCGCGGUGGUUUUGAAACGUGAUGGUCAAAAUACUCCCUGGGGUAUACGUCUAGUCGGUGGCAAUGAUCUAGAUACGCCUUUAAUUAUAACACGGGUACAAGUGGGCAGUCCUGCCUUUGGUGAAGUACUGCGUGGUGAUAUUAUAUCGAAAAUACGUGAUUAUGAUGCUAGAGAUGUUAGUCAUGCCGAUGCUCAGAUGUUAUUCCGUACUGCUGGCAAUGAAAUUAAUCUUGUAGUACACAGGGACAAUAAAAUUGCCUAUACUCAAGGUCUAAGUGGAGAUAGUUCAAGAUCAGAAUCGGCUUUACUCUCCACAAGCCCAGAACAAUAUCCUCAUAGAGCUCCUUCACCAUUUUUACCCGGACCAGGGCAAUAUGAACGUGCUCUACAAGUACCCGUUGAUACAUUGCCCCACACAGUAUUUCCCAAAUUAAAUGCUUCCGGCGGUUAUGUCCCACCACCAGAAAAUUCAACUUUCACACCAAUGCCAACACGUGAUCAUCAACAAGACGUAGCUGAGGAGCAAGCCGCCAUUGUGAAUCAACCUUACCGAACAACUCCACUGGUUUUGCCCGGUGCUAAAGUGAAAAAAGAUGCUCCCACCACAGAAUCCUAUUUGAGACACUACCCUAACCCAGCUGUACGUGCCCAUCCCCAUCAUGAUUACCAUGAUAGUGUAAUGAAGCAACGUGUUGCCGAUACCAUGUUGCACAGAGUUGUUGGCCAAGAUGCUGAUUCUGGCAAAGUUUUCCACAAACAAUUCAACUCUCCCAUUGGCUUGUACUCUGAUAACAACAUUGAAAGCACCAUCCGCCAAACAGUUCCAAUUUUCAUCGAUCUAUCUUUCCUGGAACAAAAAUAUAAAAUACUGGAGCAACAAAAACAGAAAGAACUACAAGAACAACAACAACGUGAACAGCGACAAAAACAGCUGGAACAACUAUAUCAUCAUUGAGAAUAAUAAAAAACUAGAGCAAAAAACCGAAAUUUUCAAUUUGAUUUUACAAAAAAUCUUUGAAAAUAAUGCUAAAAGAAAUUUAUUCCAAACCCAACACUAUUCUAAACCCUACAAUUACCCUAUUGAUCCACAAUUUUUCCCACCAAGAGACCCCCAACUAAAUAUUUGUUUUCCCUAAGCUAAUGAUGAUUAAAUUAAAAGCAAAAACAAAUAAUGAAACGCUUAUGUGGCUAACAAUUUGUAUUAGAAAAUCUUAAAACUUAAAAUUAUUUCCUUUUCAAUAAAAAUUUCUAAAAUUA